UGAGUGCUUAGAUAUUUCACAGUUAUAUUUUUACCAGUUUCACAUUCAGUGUUUCUGAACGUAGUAGGUACUGACCUAUCUUUCCGAGAGACACGAAAUUUGAAUUAUGUAACAAUUUAUUUGAUUUAGUUAGUUAUUUGUGUGCGCAUGUGUUUUGUUUGAAACGAUUAAAUUGUAUAUUUAAUAAACCACAAUAAUAAAUUAUGCAAGCUGUUGCUGAUUAGAUACAGAGAACACCAAGUCUGAAUCGCCUGAAAUGAUUGAAUGAAAACAUGAAAACUGAAAAACAUUAAAAACUGUCUAGGAAACUGUCAGUCAGUGCCAAAUUGAGAUUCAAACUUUUACUGAAAUGUGACAAAACAAAAAAUAUAAAAUAUUUGAUUUUGGGCUAGCUACAAAAUUAUAGUAAUAAGUGAGUGAUAUGUUCCAUAGUUAUGACUACUAGGGUAUCUUUUGGUAUACAAAAUAUAUUUUCCUUAGCCUCCCGUGAACGAUGUAUGACAAAUUUCAAAAGGCUGACCACACCAAGGUAUGGAAAAAUGCCAACGGACACAGCAGCCGUAUUAGUGCCGCUUUGUAAAGUGGCAGAAAAACCCUCGUUGCUGUACACAGUUCGUUGUACAAACCUUAGGACUAACAGUGGUGAAGUAUCGUUCCCGGGUGGGCCAAUCAACCAGGAUGACACUCCUGUCCAAACUGCCCUAAGAGAGACAUAUCAGCAAAUAGGAUUGCGAGCCGAAAAGAUUGAUGUGUGGGGCCAGGGGCCUCCGCUUCCUGGCCGCAACAAUAAAAUAAUGAUCACUCCUGUGGUAGGCUCUAUAUCAACACUGGUUCAAGAAGAUUUGAACAUAAACGUUUCAGAGGUUGCAGAAGUAUUUACUGUGCCCAUCGAGAUGUUAUGUGAAGCAAAAAAUCAAUAUUAUACUCAGUUUAGUAACGGUUUUAUCCUGCCAGUUUUCGUCAUUGAAGAAUAUAAAAUCUGGGGUAUCACUGCGUACAUAACUCACGCAUUUUUAGGUUCAGCAUUGACCAAGGAUGUUUACAAAAAUGAAUGGAUGAAGAAGAAAAUUGUCAUAGAUAAAUAAUACAAUGUGGGCGCAGUAUACAUUUUAAAUUAUGUCUAAAUAUUUAAUUCCAAUAAAUAAACAUUUUUUUUUAUCAAAAGGUUUUAUUAUUAAAAAAAGCUACUGUUAUCACAUUGAUAGUACACAAAUAGAGAAAGUUGUCACACUACACUAAAAGCAAGGCACAAAGCAUGAUUAUUUUAAGUUUGGCAAUAUUUGAGCAAGAUUUUACAAAUAUGUAUACAAAGAGAAAAUAAAGGAAAUGAAAAUUAAAUAAAACACAAAACAAAAAAAUA